ACAUCGAGAAACACACUUAACUACACAAACAUCAUUCAUGAAAAACACCACAGAGAAGACGAAGAAUAUGGUUGUUGACGAUGAUCGUAUACUAUGGGAUUGUGGAAGUCCACUCUAUGAUUCCUACGAGCUCGUCUCUCUUACUCACAUCAUCGAACGCCAUUUCAUGUCUCUCCCUUCUCUUGCCGGCGCCGGAAAAGUUUGCUGUUCUCGAACACCGUCUGAUCUGGAGGAAAAGGCCAAUCGUGCGGCCAGCACCGUCGUUGAUCUGUGUUGUUCCUCUGAUUCGACGACUGGUAAAUUAUUGUGCAGUGCUUUUGGAACCAAAUGGUGGAAGAGAAAGAAAAACACCGUCGAUAAUUACAACAAGAAGAAGAAGAUGUUUUGUCGGAUCUUCUCUAAGAUAAGGAUUCCUACAACAAGAUCUAGUUCUUCGAAGAUGUAAUUUUCACAUCUCCUUGUUUUAUUUUUUUGCUGCAUCGUAAAAUAACAAUUAAUUACUUGU